AUGGAGACAGAUGGAGGAGGAUGGAUCGUGUUCCAGAGGAGACAAGAUGGAACUGUUGACUUUUAUCGUUCCUGGGCUGAUUACCAAUCUGGGUUUGGUGAUCUAAAAUAUGAGUUCUGGUUGGGGAAUGAUAUCCUGCGUGACCUUACUGGGUCAGGUCAAUGGGAGCUCAGAGUAGAAAUGGAAGAUUGGCAGCCCAACACAUCUAGGGCUUCUUAUGGUGAGUUUGCUGUUACUAGUGACGAGUACACUCUCUAUGUUGGUUCAUAUGAUGCUCAGAGUACAGUACGUGACUCAAUGGCAUAUCAUAACCGUCAUCCUUUUACAACCAAAAAUAGGGAAAAUGAUGCACACGUGACCUCAAAUUGUGCUGUAAAGUAUAGGAGUGCAUGGUGGUAUAGCACGUGUCAUAAGGCUAAUCUGAACGGUGUAUACUACCAACAGGCAGAUGUGGCACACGCUGGAGAGGGAAUACAAUGGACAGGCUGGAAAGGAUAUUUCUACUCCCUCAAGAAAUGCAGCAUGAAAGUACGGCAAUUAAAUAAACUCCAACGGUAA